AUGCUUUGUACCACUAUGUGUAUACCGUACAGAGUCGUUAUGUUCAUUUUUGGUGGGAUUUUGGGCUUCUUCGCCCACCGCUAUCCCGCUUUUAAGCCCUUCGUUUCUAUUUGUUACAUGGAUGUGGAUAUUCUACUGACAAUCUUUCUGCCGAUAAUUCUCUUCUUUACAUCGUAUAGCGUCGAUUCUCAUUCCUUCUGGCGGACUUUCCCCCAAAUUUUAUUAGUUGGUGUCGCUGGUGUGCUCCUAACUGCGUUAAUAGCGGCCUUUAUGGCGUACUAUCUGAUAGAAUCCUCGUGGAACUUCGCAACCGCUGCACUAUUUGGUAUCGUCUGUUCUCCCAUAUAUCCCGUGGAAAUCGUGACGCAGCUAAAAGAAUUGACCAAGGGAAAGAACAUCAGCGUUCUUCUCCUGGGUGAAGGUCUGAUCGGUGAUGCGACUGUGAUGAUAGAAUUCACCGCUGUGUUUGGGUAUUUGGCGCUGGCGUUGACGGACGCUUCGCAAAUGUCAAUUAUGCUUAUACGAUUCGCUGGUGGGGGUGCCUUACUGGGUUUAGUCAUGGGGAAGAUUACUGCUGGACUAUUGUCUAUAACGUAUUACGACUUACUGUGUUCCGUCACAGUGACGUUAGCGGGUGCGUACCUAACGUACUACGUGGGCGAGAAAUUCUUCUACGUAUCCGGUUUGUUGGGGACGAUUAUAGCUGGCGUGAUGGUCAGUAAGCGGAAGUCAACGGUUUCUGUUGAGGUGGAGCAAGUUGUCUCGCAUUUUUGGAGGAUAUUAUCGCAUAUAGCGAAUACCCUGGUCUUCACUAUAGUGGGGGUGGUGAUAUUUGAGAAGGUAUCCUAUAUCAUAACCGUACGGCAAGUGGCCUUGGUGUUUGUCACUUAUACGACAGUGUAUGCAUCAAGGUUGUUGGUGUACGCAGCUAUGACCCCUGUGUUAAGGCGUAUAGGGUAUGGAAUGUCGUGGCAGCACGCGUUGGCUUGUGUUUGGGGUGGUCUGCGAGGACCGCUGUCGUUAUGCUUGGCUCUGAUUGUGAUGGAGACGCCCAUGGUGGCUGAUGCUGGCGAAAUAUUCAUAAUCCAAACGGCUGGCCUCGUCCUUCUUUCGCUGCUGAUAAAUGCUACCACCAUCACCAAAGUGCUCAAGAUCCUCGGCCUCGCAGAAAUCUCUCUCGCGAAGAAGGCAAACAUGACGAACUGCGUCAAGCGGGUCAUGAUGACUAGGGAUAGAUGUAUCUCCAUGCUGAAGAUGGACAAGUUCCUGGCUGAUGCCAAUUGGGAUCUUGUACAAGCUAAUACCACAAUAAAGCAUCCAUACCAACUGCAGAUGUCUGGUCGAGACGAAGAUAGUGAUGACGAUGCGUACAUGGGGUACCAUUACACCACUUGUCCUGACUGCGAAAGGGAGAUACCGAACGAACCGACCAAGAAGGAGAUAGCUGAAAUGAUGAGAGAGGCAAAUCAAAGAGUACUUAAAGCUAUGAAGAUUUCCUACUGGAGACAGUAUGAGCAUGGCAAAAUAAGCAAAGACGGGGUGAGGACGCUAGUGCAGGCAGUCGAGGUGGCCGCUGAUUCUGAUGAUGGAAAAAUUAAUCUGGAACAGCUGGGGACACUUUGGAAACCUAAGGCACACGCAAUCUGGCUUCGGCGCAAACUGGUGGAUAUGCUGAUGCCAGACGCAGCGAACGCAAACGUACCGCGUCAUCCGUGGCGCCAGUACUGCUACAGGAUGGUUUCCAGUGUUUGGUUCGACGGAUUCAUAUACGUCAUGAUUCUUUGUAACACACCGGUUAUACUUUGUGAAGUGGCUUUGCGAGGGCCCGUCUCUAGGGCCGCCACUAUCGCUAUCAAGUCGUUGAAUUUAUUUUUCUACAUAAUAUACGUCUUGGAGAUGCUCAUAAAGUUUUACGCUUUAACGAUUCGCGGGUAUUUCAAGUCGCACUGGAACAAGUUGGACUUCUUCAUCAUUGUCAUGGCGACGGGAGACUUGAUCCUGGACAUCAUAGAUUCAGUCACCCCGUGGAACAAAUGGAGCAACUUGAAUUCCAGCGUAUUGACGGCGACCAAACUCUUGCGCAUGUUGAGAUUCUUGCGACUGUGUAAAUUGGCAAGAGUGUCAGUGCCAAAAAUAAUGGCGUAUAUAGACAGAAUGAUCGACAUACAGCUGGCGUUCGGAUAUGACGUCGGAAAGGGUUUUGUGACAGGUGAAACGGAGGUUUGCAAUCUGCUGCCUCAACUUGUUGACAAUCUUCAGAUACAAGAAACGCUCUACAAUAAGUUGGAGGCCGACAGAUUAAUAGUGACUAGACAAUUGGGCCUUUUGCAAAGAGACAGGCCGUGGACAGCGAUAACUGUUAAGACGAGACAGGCCACCACGUCCACGCUCAACAUAAUGCUAUCUGACGCUAUGCAGUUAAAGGAAGAAGGUUUCCUUGACGAGAUGGAGUAUCGGUUACUAGUGACUGCUAUACAGGAGAGGGUACAAUCUAUUCGCCACAAAGGCAGUUUGGUGGCUCCAUCUUCUCCUGAGACUCAAUUGCGAUCUAUAUCAUGGCUUCAAGGGAACGAGAGAGUAGCAGACUUCUUCAUAGAGAACUCGGAGAUUCACAACUAUAAUAUUAACGAUGUGUUAAUAUCGAGAGGCGAUCAGCCAAAGGGUCUUUACAUAUUAGUAUCUGGAUUAUGUGAGGCCAAAUAUACUCCACCCGAAGAAGACAUGGAUGAAGCCAUUCCUAAUUAUGAAUUUCUCACCGAUCUCAAAUUUUCCGAGCCCAGUCAGGAGUAUAUUGUCUCUGGGAACGCUAUUGGUGUACUUGGAGUGUUAACAAGUCGCCCAUACAACUACACAGUGCGCUGCGACUCGGCCGUCCAAGCGUAUUACAUUACUAUGCCAGUUGUCAAAGAGGCGUUUAAUCUUGCGCCACAUCCUAUUAUGGGGUUAGAAGCAGCGAUGUGGCGCGAAAUCGGUAUCAAGUUAUCCCUGAUGGUGUUACCCAGCGUCCCGGCUUAUCACUCUUGGUCGAGCGAGAAGAUUAGCAUGAGGUUGGAGCAUGCUUUUGUCCCGUGCUUGAAAGCUUUUAAGGUUUUCGUCGUGAGCGAGUUGAUGGAAGAUAUAGUGUUGCUUGAUGGUGUCUGCCAGGAUAUGGCCACCAGAGAAGUGUUUCAGCCUCCCAGCUAUAUACCUAGGACGGCACACCGCCUCAUAUUCCCAAAGUCGUCCCAGCUCGUGGUCUCUGGCCAAUGUCCGGAGACCAAGCUGCUGAUAGUGCCAGCCAAAGACACCGAUGAGCUAGACAUUAUGGAAGAUGAGCUGGAUGACUUGCAGUGUGAAUUGGUUUCAAACGCGUCGUCACGUUGCCUCUACCAUAAAGUUAUAAGGAAGUUGUCAGCAGAGUCGCGCAACAAGAGUGUGAUGCGCGGGCGCAAGCGAAAACGGGCUGGCGCCAAAAGAGUCAACUAUAGGGAUUCUGUUUGGGGGAAACAAAAUUCCACAUCUACCUUGCCUAUGGGUUCCCCUAGUGAAAAGGAGUUUUCCAAGUAUUUCAAACCCACUCUAGAUGAUGUGCCUGAAAAGCUGCAGUCCACAAAUAAUGAUGAGACAAACCAAUCUUAUUCAAAUUCAAGACAUCAGUCGACAAGAUUGGAUUCAGAACAAGAGAUAUACAACACAAUGCUCAACAAAACAAAGAGGAAAUCCUCAGACCUUAAAUAA